AUGAGAUCAAUGAAUUGCCCGACUUUGCUCAAGUUCUGGCAGCCGGUGGCAAUCGCUGCCAUCAUUGAAAUUAGAGAUAAGACGUACCUCUCGGGAGCUGUACUUGGAGACCCAGUUGGCUUAGGGAAAACGUGGGAGGCUGUGGGAGUAAUUCUUCAUGUGAGCAAUCCAAGCCCCCGAAAACGGCUUUCCCAGACUGACCAUAUACAAGAUUUGGGAGAGAUACAACGACCAAGUCAUCCAAACCCAGCAGGAUCAAACACCCGUGCCAAAGGCGAAACCGUUCUUAAUUGCUGUGCCACCGGCUCCCCGGACGAAGCACGUCGACUGCCAUAG